CCACUAAGAGACUACUGGUACUCUUAAUGCUGAACUCAUUUAAUUAAUCAGGGUCUGGUGCUUUACUUAUGCAAGACUCUGAAUGAAAACUAAGGAGUGUUUAAAGCCUAAAUCCAGCAGUGUAUCAGAACAAGCCAGAAAGAGACUCUGGAAGCAUGUCUUUAUAGACUUGCCUUUCAAAGCAACAGUUGGCCAAGAAUAUAAAAUUUGGGCAGCCUCCGCAAAUGACAAUUUCUGGGAGGACAAUGGGGGAGGCAAAUGCUAGUGUAGAAGAGGAUAUGUUUCUCGGUAGCCUCAUGGAGAUUGACUCUCAGCAGGACACGGUGCUCUCAGAGAGUGGUAAUAAAUCAGCAGACACUCCAGAUCUGUUGAGACCAAUGAAUUUGCCUGGAACAGGACAAAUGGAAGAAAAGGUAACUCCAGUCAAGUCAUCCCGGCCAAAAAGACAAUUUUCCUGUUCCGGCACAAUUGAAACAAUCAAUCUGGAUGCAGUUCCGCAGGCUGUUGUUCGUCUAGACAACAGUGCAGCUAAACACAAGCUGUCCGUAAAGCCAAAAAAGCAGAGAAUGUCCAGAAAGCACAAGAGAUUAACAAAGGGAUCACAAAGCUUAACGAUAACAGAAUUUGAGCCAGAGGAUCUAGAGACUGAGCUGUUUGUAGACAGAUACCCAGGUUAUAAUGGACACAUUACUGCAGACAAACUAAUCCAGAACAGAGAUGAGCCAAAGCAGCUUCAGCUGGCAGAGGAGAAAAGAAUUGAAGAACACUGGGGGAUCCUUGAAGCCGAAAAGAUAAGGCAGAUUGUAGAAAUGGAAGAACAGAGAGAAAUGGAAGAACAAAGGUGCCAAGAGCUGGAGGAGCAGAUGCAAAAAGAGCAAGAGAGAAGGGACAAUGAAAAAGAGAGUAGUCAGUAUCUCCUCGAAGGAGAGAGAUCUUUGAAAACUGAACCGCAAACCUGCCAGGAAGAGGAGAGAAGACUGCUGGAGGCAGAGAAGAGGCAAGAGCUGGAGGACCAGACAUGCCAGGAACUGGAAGAGCAGAGACAGAAGGAGUUGGAGGAGCAACAGAGAGAAGAGGUGGAGCAGCAGAAGUGUGAGGAACGGAACAAGCAACAGAGACAGGAACUGGAAGAACAUAAGGACCAGGAAUGGGAAAAACAACAGAGACAGGAGCUGGAGGAACAGAAGCACAGGGCAUGGGACGAACAGAAGAGACAGGGAAUGGAGGAACAGAAGUGUCAGGAACACAGACAAGAGCUGGAGAAGCACUGGGAACAGGAAGAGCAACAAAGACAAGAACUGGAGGAGCAGAAAUGCCAGGAACAGGAGCAACAGAGACAGAAGUUGGAGGAACAGAGGCGCUGGGAACUGGAGGAACGGAAGAAGCAAGAGCUAGAGCAGCAGAAACACCAGGAAUUGGAAGAGCAGAGGCACAAGGAGCUGGAGGAGCAACAGAGAAAUGAGCUGGAGGAGCAGGAGAGGCUAGAGCUGGAAGAACUGAGGCAACAUGAGACUGAGAAAUGGUGUCAGGAGGAAGAGGAAAGAAACCAGAUAGAGGAACAAAAAGGACUAAUGGAACAAAAUAAAGAAGAAAAACAGAGACGAGAACUAGAAGAGAAAGAGCUUCCAGAAGCUGAAAUAAAACUGAAGCAAGAGAAAGAGUUUGAGGGCCCCAGCCAACAGAAGGAAGAGGAGGAAGAAAGACAGCAUUUGAGGGAGAGAGAAAGGACAGAGGAAGAGCAAUCCCAGCAGCUAUUGGAGAAGAAACAGAGGCGGGAAGAGCCGAGAAAACAUAAACUCAUCAAACAAAUGCACUUGGAAAGUACAGACAUUGUGCAACAAGAUGAACUGAAACAGCAAAAGGAACAAGAGUGGAACAAGCUGGAAGAGCAGAAAAUAGACACAGAAGGGCAAAAUCUUUAUCAAAAGCAACAGGAAAAAUCCUUGGAGCAGCAAAAUGAUAAGAAUGAGCUGCGUUCUGGAGGGGCUGAUAGGAAUCCAGCAGAUGACAAGCUCCAGGAAAGACCAAGACCCCAAAAAAUCAAACAGCCAGAAAAAGGGAGUAAAACAGUAGAAGAAAUCCUGGCCCAGAAACUGAAGAGAGAAGUUGAUGCUCAAGAACAAAAGCGAAUAGGGGAAGAACUUAGGUGGCAGGAGGUAGAUGAAAGACAAACUGCAUCCAGACCCUUCACAUUUCAAGUGUCUUCUGGAGAUAAACAGAUCAUAUUUCAGAAAGUAAAUCUGAGUCCAGUCAUGCCUGCCAGAGGAGCAGGACUAUCUUCUCCAUCAGUCAAAGAUAGCAUGAUGCACACCUCCAGCAAGGGCUCUCAUACGCUCCCAUCAUCUGUGUGUGUACCCCAUACAGCUAUUCUAGUUACUGGAGCACAGUUGUGCGGCACAGCAGUUAACCUGAACCAGAUAAAGGACACGGCUUGUAAAUCAUUGCUUGGCUUAACAGAAGAGAAAAAAAAUGUGGAUAUUCCUUCACCAGAGAAGGCCCAGAAAAAAUCUCCAGGUCCCAAACCCAGCAACAAUAAAAUGAAAUACACACAAGAGGCGUUGGACCAAGCCACAUUAGCUGAGUGGGCCUCUAUCCGUUCUAGAAUCUUAAAGAAUAAAGAAAAUGGCAAAUACAAUGAGAAAGACAGAGUAAGUGCCUGCAGACACAGCGAUGACUGGACGCCCCGGGGACGAGGUUCUCCCCAUGGUAACUUGAGGAAAACCCUAUCUGCAAAUGCAAAGUUCUCAAUAACACCAGCGUGGCAGAAAUUUUCAGAAGGUUCCAAAACCAAUUCAGGCACUGAGAAUGUAAGUGCAGCAAAAUGCAAUGAAAAAGUGGCUGUAGGAAGAAACAUUGGCUCGUCCACUGAUGCAAAUGAGGAUGUAGUAUCCACUUUAAAGGAUAACUUAUCUGAAAUGGCUAAAGAGAAAAUAGAAACACACAGUGAAAUUACAGAUAACACAGAAGGUUGUAAAUUUGCAAAAGAUCUCCCGUCUUUCCUUGUUCCAAGUUUUCCUCGUUCUCCAGGUAAGGAGUUACCCCAAUCCGAACUUCCAGGUGCUCUGGAAAAUCAGCAGAAUAACAGCACCAAAAAAACAGAUAAGCCAGCACCAAAUGGAGAAGAAAACGUUUCUCCCUUUGGGAUAAAGUUACGGAGGACAAACUAUUCUUUACGUUUCCAUUAUGAUCAACAGGCAGAGCAGAGGAAAAAGAAAAGAUACAGUGCAGGAGACAGUUUUGAUGGUGUGCCUGACCCACUACUCACAGCUGAUGGCGAAAAGGAAUCUGCUGUUUUUGCUCCACAGGAGAGUACAUCCCCUGGUAUAGGGAAAGCAAAUGUCCACGGGAAUUUAAAAGACUCAAAAGAUUCUUCAGUUUCUGUGUUGGAGAUUUCACAAGCGGGCACACCACUGCCAGCCACCAGCCAGAGUGCUUUACCUCCUCAUGAGAAACCAGCAUGCAAGUCGCUGUUCCCACAGAAACCUGCCUUAGCUCCAAAGCCUGCCAGCCAAACACCUCCGUCAUCUCCUCUCUCGAAAAUGAACAGAUCACACCUGGCUGAUACACUGGGGCAGAGGUUUGUUAAGGCUGAAUCGGAUGGGGGCUGGAGAAAAGAUGACAGAGCAAUGCCUCCUGUGGCACUGAACGAGAGCAAAAAUGAAGAGGAAGAAACCAGAGAAAAGAAAUCAUUUUUCCCAUCUCUAAGUAUUCCCUGGAGAGAAAAAAAUGACAAAAAGCCUGAGCCAUUGAAGAAAGAAAAACCAGUCCUACAGAGCAGACACUCUUUGGAUGGCUCUAAAUUGAUGGAAAAAGUUGAAACUUCACAACCACUGUGGAUCACAUUAGCACUGCAAAAACAGAAGGGAUUUCGUGAGCAGCAAGCUACUAGGGAAGAGAGGAGACAAGCCAGAGAGGCAAAGCAAGCAGAGAAGCUGGCUAAAGAAAAUGCUGCUGUAAGCAAUCAAUCAGAUAAUAAAAGCAGCAGCAAAACGAGCACACUGCAGAAAUCUACACCUCAAGAAGGGGAGAAGAAAAUUGAGACGGCUGUGUCAAGACUAGAACGAAGGGAGCAGCUGAAGAAGUCUAACACCCUUCCAACUUCUGUGACAGUGGAAAUUUCAGAUUCUGCUCCACCAACACCACUGGCAAAAGAGGUGGCCAAGAGAUUCUCCACACCUGAUGCGAACCCUGUGUCAACAGAACCAGCUUGGCUUGCACUGGCCAAGAGGAAAGCAAAAGCCUGGAGUGACUGUCCACAGAUCAUAAAGUUUGCUUUAUAACGGAACUUCUGCUGUCACAAGCGUCUUGCCUGUGCCCGUCUCCUAACAGUAAAAUGGAUGAACAAGACAUGUAAUGUAGCCUCUGCAACUUCUACUUACUUUUUAACUAACUCAGAACGUUAGAAUUCGAAGUAGAUGGUUCACAAGAAGAGAGAUGACUGAUAGUUUCUAAAACAGCUCUUUAAGAAGGUUUGUAAUCAGGAAGAUACUCUUGAAUUAAGAGUACUUCUGUCUGCAAAUCCUUGCUUUGCAUUACUGACAAUAAUUCUUUUUAAGAUGUUUGUGACAACAACAAAAAAAUUAUACAAUUCCUUAUGAACAGUACUCUGUAAACACUAUAGAUAGCAUUAACUGAAAUUUCUUCAAAAAUAAUUUGGCAAGCUUUGGUUUGAAUACUACACACCUCAUCUAGGAACUCAUAUGGGAAUUGUCAUUGACAUUUAAUAGACACUUUAGAAUACAGUGACUGGUACUGACUUCCACAGAGAAAAAUACAGACUUAGCUGAAGUGAAGCCAGGGAGGGCCCCAAGUUGCUAUAGAUUAUUAAUAUUAAUUAUGUACACAGAAUGCAGGCUACAUCCUCAGAAAUCAAUAAAAAGUUAGACUGAACAAAGAAUGUUGGCUACCUUAGCAUCUAAUGGAAUUCCAAUCAAACUAGACAAACACUGGUCUGAUGCCUGCAAGAGGCAGGCACAGGCUAGGCUGGAUUCACAGAAAGGAAUACAUUCCUCCCUCAGGGAGACAAGAAUGUUAAUUCCAGUUGCACAGUGUGGCACCUUACCAGAGUUUCUUCCAGCCGUACAAGUACUUGAAGCCAAACUACUGACUCUCAUUUUCCUGCUACACAGGUAAAAGCACAACACUCCAAAUGAUUUGAAACACUCUUUCUUUCAUCAGUCUGAGCAGGGAAAUGAGGGAAGGACAGUGAAACUUGUGGCUAGUGCCGAGCAGUCAUCCUUCAGUCAGUACAGCAAGUCAACAAACAUCACUUACCUGCAUUUUCAGUGGUGCAAAAUGCUGAGAAAGCUGCACAAAGCAACUCUUGCCUAAAGCAAAAUAGGCAGAGAGAUAGACAAGGCCUUCAAGUUCUUAAUUUACAAAUGUAAACAAUUAAGCAGCAGCAGUCUAACAUCCUUCUUGUUCCUUUUUUCCUGUUAUGUACAAAUCUAGGCAAUAAACAUAAUCAUUUCUACAGCCAACAACGAGCUUUGUUCCCCAUACUACAGGUGAUGAGAAAACCUCUCCUGAAAGCGUAUCUGUUCCUUCUGCUGUUCCACUCCUGGCAUUCAGGAUCCACACUUUGCCAUCUGUAGAUACUGCUGCCAAAAGAACUUUGUUCUUUGAGUCAUUACUUUGGAAAAGAAACGGUGUUCCAUAUACACUCGAAGUGGUUUUGAAUUUCCACAGUAAAUCACCCUCUGUAUUACAACAGUAAAUAAAGUGAUCAUGGGAUCCAAAAAAUACUUCUUGCUUAGUUAAGCUUGAGAUGCAUGGAGAUGAAAACACUGGUCCAUUAGUGGAAAACUGCCAAACCUAUGGAAAUAACAUAACCACCCAUUACCACAGGCUGAUCACAUUUUCAGUAUGAUAGCAACUAUAAAUUUUUAAUACUUAGUUGUUGAUGGAAGCACGUAUAAUUUCAAAAUCAUACAAGAUUUCAGUGUAGGCUGGUAAAUACUUUCCAAAUUACAAGUUAAGUUUUACAAAGCACAGUAGGUAAGAAAAGAACACAGAUAUGCUGGAAGAGUUACUGUCUUCUGAGAGGCCUACACAGAGAUAGCCAACUUAGGAAAAGAAUGUUUUGGGGUCAUCACAACACAACUAGUAAUGAACUUUAAGGAUUUUGUUCUGAUGCCAUUCUUUUCAACAAAGAUGAAGUCUCAUUAGUGCUAUAGUUUUCUUCUCAAGCUAAUAAUGGUUAGAAAGAACCUUCUUCAAGUGAGUAUGAGCUCUAACCACUGCUGCCAGGAGACAGAGGGCAGAGCUAAGACACUGAACAAUCAGAAAAAGCUUUGGAAUUGCUAUGUUGCACCUGAGGCAAACAGAAAUAGUAUCAUUUAUUUUAAUAAACCAUAUUCAUCAUGGCAGAACAAAACAAUAUUUAAUUCCAUGCUGACUUACUUUUCCAAAACUAUCAUCUGCAACAUCUUUGCCACAAUGCCAGUAUUUAAUAAACAACUAAACACUCUAAGAAAGCUUUACUUCUCAACAGCCAUCCUCUAUGAAGAGAUGGCUUUAAACAUUCUUCAAAAAACAUGAAACCCAAAAGUAUUUACUUGUUGGCACUAUCAUUUGCUCUGAGUAUAAGCUCUACUACAAUUUCUGUUACUACAUCAAGCAAUUUGGGACUUAGUGGCUUAUUUCUGGUUUGGCACGGACUGAAUGUUCUACAGUUCUUCUUUUGCCUCUGUAUAAAACAUGCUUCUAUUUGGUUCGCAAAAAGAUGUAUGUUAAUCAUUAAGCCUCAGAAAACAGUAUUAAUAAAGAAUGUUAUGCAGUGUU